AUGUUUUCAUUACGAAUGAUGCUCUUAGCAGGACUUGUAAUCUGCUAUGUUAGUCUGAUAACCACUCAAGUUGAUGCUAGAGCAUCACCACAAACCUUAUUGGGAGGUCUUCUCAGAAGUAAAGGUAAAAUUAAGAACGCUGUGAAUCAAAAAUUAGCCAAUACUGUGGACAAUAUUGCUGAUAAAGGUAAAAACAUUUUAGAUAAAUUUAAAAAUAAAUUAAGCAUUUUUGGAAAACCGUCAGAAGAAAAACCAUCAGAUCCCAGUGAAGCUCGUCCUCUCAGUGGAAUAAGAAAAUGGAUCAAUGAUAGAUGGUCUGCUAACAGAAAUACUAAUUCUUCAGGUGAAAGAAAACCGAUUUUUGGUAUAAUUGUCAUUGGAGGUUCUAGAAAAGAUAGUACCACCACAGAAGCUCCAGAAACAACCAAAGCCCCAAUCACUACAAAAGCUCCAAUUAAAAUAAAAUCACCCGCUACUACUAAAGCUCCAGCUUCUUCAACUACUGCAUCAACAACAACUUCAACAACCAAAGCUCCAGCUCCUUCAACUACUAUAUCGACAACAACUUCAACUACCAAAGCUCCAGAACCUUCAACUACUGCAUCGACAACGACUUCAACUACUCCAUCGACAACAACUUCAACUACCGAAUCUACUACAACUUCAACUACCGAACCUACGACAACUUCAACUACCGAACCUACGACAACUUCAACUACUGCAUCGACAACAACUUCAACAACCAAAGCUCCAGCUCCUUCAACUACUAUAUCGACAACAACUUCAACUACCAAAGCUCCAGAACCUUCAACUACUGCAUCGACAACGACUUCAACUACUCCAUCGACAAUGACUUCAACUACUGCAUCAACAACAACUUCAACUACCGAAUCUACUACAACUUCAACUACCGAAUCUACUACAACUUCAACUACCGAACCUACGACAACUUCAACUACCGAACCUACGACAACUUCAACUACCGAAUCUACUACAACUUCAACUACCGAAUCUACUUCAAUUUAA